GUGAAUAAACUAAAAUAAAUUUCUUCCUUCGCAUUUAUUUACGCACCUUUCUAUGAACACAGUAACCGUUUUCAUUUGCUCUAUCGGUAAUCUUCACUCCAUCAAUUGAUCAUCUUCCCCGCAAGACUCAGUGGCCUACUCGAGAAACAAUGAUGGAAUUCUGGGGUGCUGAGAUAAAGAAUGGAGGGUCUUUAAAGGUGCAACCUGGUGAAGGGAAGGUUUUGCACCUCUCCCAGGCCUGUCUUGGGGAGAUUAAGAAGGACAAAGGAAAUGAAUUUGUCCGUGUUUAUGUUCAGAUAAAUGGUCAGAAAUUCGUUAUAGGGAUGCUUUCUCUUGAAAGAUUGCCUCAUUUAAAUCUCGAUCUCGUAUUUGAAGAUGAAUUUGAAUUGUCUCAUGAUCUGAAGCAAGGAAGUGUACACUUUGCUGGAUAUAAAGCUGAUGAUCCAGUGUCGGCUGUUGAUGAGGAUGAAACAGAUGACGAUGAGGAGCUUGUACCAAUUGAUAGCUUGAACAGUGGGAAGCCUGAAGACAAAGAUGUAAAGCCUUCUAGUUCCGUGGCCAAUUCUGUAGUGAGACCCGAAAAGGCUGAAAGCAAGUCGAAGGUGAAGAUCGUGGAACCUGGAAAAGAUGCCAAGAAGAACUUAGAGGACGAUGAAUCCGAGGAUGAUGAAGAUGACAAUGAGGACGAUGAUGACGAUGAUGAGGAUGGAGAGGGCAUGGAGAUUCAUGAUGCUGGAAGUGAAGAUGAAGAUGAAGAUGAAGAUGAAGAUGAAGAUGAAGAUGAAGAUGAAGAUGACGAGGAAGAGGACAGUGGUGAGGAGACACCAACAAAGGUGGUACGAGUCAAAAAGAGACCUGUAGGAUCUACAUCAAAGACCCCUGUUCCUGAAAAGAAGGCAAAGUUUUCUACUCCUCAAGAGAAAGCUGAGGGUAAGAAGGUUAGCGGUCAUGUUGCAACGCCACAUCCCGCAAAACAUGCUGGAAAAACACCUGCUAAUGCUGACAAGACUAACAAGCAGACUCCCUCGAAAGCAUUCACUUGCUCUUCUUGCAACAAGUCCUUUGGCUCUGAACAAGCUGUGCAGUCUCACUCGAAGGCUAAGCAUGGUGGCUGAUGAGCUUGUGCAUUCGUGACGCCUAAAGUUUUCUUUUAUGGAUCUAUGCACGUGUAUUGUGAUGCUCUGAUUCUUGUUGAGUGUGUUACCGGGGUUAGAUUUAGCUCUUAGCUUGUAGAAAUGCUGUAGACAUCACUGUCAAAUGCUAUCUUUUGAUCCAUAUUGAUGUGUUAUUGUUAUUGUUAUUGAACUUGCUAGUUUCUUGAAGAAUAGGCUCAUGUUGUCCAACUUAACAUUAUCAUUUGUAAGAUGUGUUUUGGUGUGGUUUUAUUUUGUUUGAGUCAAA